AUGAGGAAAUUAAAGAAAGGCUCAGAUGAGUUAAUCCCGACCGAGACAACGGUCAGCGGGUUCGUGGGAGACACCACGACUUCAAAGGGAAUUCUCCCACUCCAAGUUAGAGUGGGGCAAAAAGUUAGAAUGACUGCCUUCUUUGUGGUGGAGACAACGGCCCAUUUCAAUGCUUUGUUGGGCCGAGAUUGGAUCCAUGGAAGCAUGUGCGUGCCCUCUUCACUUCAUCAAUUUUUACAAUUUUGGCAUGAGGAUGGAAGUGUAGAGAUUGUUCAGGCCGAUGUACGGCCCUUCAUGGCCUCCGCCAAUGCGGUAGAGGCAAAGUUUUAUGAAGAUGACAUUGGGCCCCUUUAUUUUACGGGGUCAGAUAAGAACGGCCGACCUACGGGAGUCUCGACCCAAAAGUUGAUAGAGUUGGGGGCACAUGAUGCCCAAGCGGAUGGGGAGCAGGAAGAGAAGAAGGCCGCGGUGGAGGACACUUUGAGACGGCUAUAUGGUUUUUGGGCCGAAAGAGCGGUCGAGCAUGGGUCCACCGCCAACUUGGUGGAAUUUCUUCAUGAAGGCCCGGAGGAUGAUGCACUUGAGCUCGAAGAGGUAGAGUUGGCACCAAGCGAGAUGGAUGAUUCGAAGGCGGAAGUCCAAGACCCUUUGUUAGAAAUCAACUUGGGGACGAAAGACAACCAUCGACCAAUCUACAUCAGUGGUCUAAUGGAGCCAGAACUUCGGGCCAAGAUGGAAGAGCUUUUGAGAGAGUUUAAGGAUUGCUUCGCUUGGGAUUACACCGAGAUGCCCGGAUUGAGUCGUGACUUAGUCGAGCAUCGCCUACCAGCGGUGGAAGAUUUCAAGCCCUUCAAGCAGCCGCCCCGCCGGAUGUCGGCGGAAGUAGAAUUACAGGUUAAGGAAGAAAUUGUAAGGCUUGUAAAAGCCAAAUUUAUUAGGCCAGCUAGAUAUGUAGAAUGGCUUUCAAAUAUUGUACCUGUAAAGAAAAAAACGGGAGCAAUAAGAAUAUGUGUUGAUUUUCGCAAUCUUAAUCUUGCAACUCCCAAAGAUGAAUAUCCCAUGCCCAUGGCCGACCUCUUAGUCGAUGGGGCGGCCAAGCAUGAAAUUUUAUCAUUUAUGGAUGGGCACUCUGGCUAUAACCAAAUUUUUAUAGCCGAAGAGGAUGUCCACAAGACAGCCUUCAGGUGUCCCGGAUCCAUUGGAACUUUUGAGUAUGUGGUGAUGCCCUUCGGCCUAAAAAAUGCCGGGGCCACAUAUCAGCGGGCAAUGAACUCUAUUUUCCAUGACAUGAUCGGUCGAAAUUUAGAAGUUUACAUCGAUGAUGUUGUUAUAAAAUCGGAGUCUAGACUAGGCCACUUGGAUGACCUUCGGUCGGCCUUUGAAAGAAUGCGGCGGCAUCAAUUGAAAAUGAACCCAAAAAAGUGUGCUUUUGGGGUAUCCGCCGGGAAUUUCUUAGGAUUCUUGGUGCACCAAAGGGGGAUUGAGAUUGAUAAAAAUAAGGCGAAGGCUAUCAUUAACGCACCCCCUCCAAAAAACAAGAAAGGUGUGCAAAGUUUAUUGGGCCAAAUUAACUUCCUUCGAAGGUUUAUAGCCAACUCCGCGGGGAAAGUUGAGCCUUUCUCAUCUUUGCUAAAGCUCAAAGAUGAAGAGAAAUUUCGGUGGGAAGAGACUCACCAAAGGGCAUUUGACGCCAUUAAAGAAUAUUUGGCCAAGCCUCCGGUGCUCAUUCCACCAAAGCGGGGCCGACCUUUGAAACUAUAUAUUUCGGCCGCGGAAAACUCCAUCGGAAGUCUACUAGCCCAAGACAAUGAUGAGAAGAAAGAACAAGCGGUAUACUACCUCAGCCGAAUUCUAACGGCCACCGAGAGGAAAUAUUCUCCGGUGGAGAAACUUUGCUUGGCCUUGUAUUUUACUGCGACCAAGUUAAGGCAUUACAUGUUGCCCUCCGUGGUGCAUAUAAUCGCCAAGACUGAUUUGAUAAAAUAUAUGCUCACUCGCCCAAUCAUUAGAGGGCGAAUAGGAAAAUGGACAAUGGCAUUGGCGGAAUUCACUUUCCGAUAUGUACCCCAGCAGGCCGUUAAGGGGCAAGCUUUGGCCGAUUUCUUGGUGGCCCACCCUUGUGUUGAAAUAGAGGAGAUGGAUUUCCUCGAGGUGGGCACAUUGAGUUUAUUCCCAUGGCGCCUUUAUUUUGACGGGUCUCGAACAUUUAACAUGGGCGGGGCGGGGUGUCAUCAUUGA